AGCAAAUGACGGAACAGGGAGGAGACAUGACAGACAUAAACAAAACCCACGUGUCCCGAUGUCCCUACGGUCACAGCGGAAAAGCAGGUGCUCGCGCAUUCGCGCUUCGAGCACGCUGCUUCAAGGGGGAAUCGUGACAAAUUUGAUAAGCCAUGGAGGAUAAUGCCUUGGGGGAACAAAGACAGUUUAAGAGAGAAACUGAGGAACUUUAAGCUCUGCAGUUCUGAUGUUAAGUUUGUCAGGCUUCUGAUCGUUGGUGAAGUUGGAGCAGGAAAGUCCAGCUUUAUAAAUUCAGUCAAUAAUGUUUUCCAAGAGCGAAUCACCAGUGGGGCUCUUGUUGAUGCAACAUCUGGAACCAGUUUCACAAAAAUUUACAAAACCCAUCAUAUCAAGGGGAAGGAUGGCUCCCAUUUACCUUUUGUGUUCAAUGACAUCAUGGGACUUGAAUCUGCCGAUGGACAAGGCGCACAUGUACAGGACAUCAUCACAGCCUUAAAGGGGUUUCUUGAGGAAGGAUAUAAAUUUAAUCCUGCUACUCCCGUGUCUGAGAAGGACUCCAACUACAAAACAAAUCCCAAAGUUUCUGAUCAAACCUUCUGCCUGGUCAACGUUCUAGCUGCAAACAAAGUGUCACUCAUGGACCAAAAGCUUAUUCAAAAGAUGAAACGGAUCCGUGAGGUGGCUACAGAGUAUAAUUUACCUCAAGUUAUCAUCUUGACAAAAGUGGAUGAAACCUGCCCUCUGGUUAAAGAUGACCUAAGAAAGGUCUACACCAGCAAGAAGAUCAAAGAAAAGAUGCAGGAGUGUAGUAAUCUGCUGGGUAUUCCACUGAGCCACAUCUUCCCUGUGAAGAACUACCACGAGGAGGUGGAUACGAAUGAUGACAUGGAUGUUCUGAUCCUCAAGGCGCUCGAUCAGAUCGUGAAUCUCGCCAACGAUGCUCUGGAAAACCAAAACCCUAGUGAGAACUCUGAGUGAAGGGUUUUUUUGUUCUUUUCCACCCCUACACCAGUGCAGAGUAUUUAGGACAGUGAAAAAACAUGGAGCUAAUUUCUUCUACUGUAAUCAUAACUGGUUUGUGUUUCUGUCGCUGUCACGUUCCUACUGCACUCUGGACUUUUUAUAUUCCAUUAAAUUAAUAAAUAUAA